GUACGGGCUGAAAAGGCAAAAUCUUGUCAAGAGGUAGGAAUAAACAUGGUCAUGAACGGCUUCGACACCGCAAUGUCCGACCAGGGCAGUCUGCACCAACACCACGAGGAGAAGGAACGCGACAACCAAGAGCAGGUUCAAAGCACGACGCCAGCCAAAGGCCGCAGAAAAGGGAAGAAGGAUAGCGAUGAUGCUGGGAAGAAGAGGAGAUGUAUAAGUUCCGCUUGCGUGCCAUGUCGCAAAAGAAAGAGUAAGUGUGACGGUACUACGCCUGCAUGCUCUGCCUGCGCUGCCGUGUACAACACGCCUUGUAUAUACGACCCCAAUUCGGAUCAUCGUCGCAAAGGGGUCUACAAGAAUGACAUUGACAACUUGAAGACUCGCAACACCACCUUGCAGACCCUCAUCCAGGCCAUCUUGAACUAUCCAGAAGACGAGGUUACGUCCCUAGUUCGCCAGAUACGUACCUGUGAGAGCUUAGACGCGGUGGCCGAUGCCAUAAUAGCAAAGGAAAAUGGUGAAGGAGACGAUGAAGAGCCGCUUGAUCCAGAAGGCGUGGGUGAUGAGGGUGUUGGCCGAGGAGACCACAGCGACGGCAGCGUCAAGCCCACAUUCGAGAGCCAGCUCAGCGGCAAGAUGGGCGAGCUUCGUCUCGAUCACGGUUCAACACGCUACAUCGGCGGAACUUCUCACCUCAUUCACUUCGGAACCGCCAAUGAUGGUACCGACUCCCCUGUGCCUCCCUCCGCUGCUGAUGCAUACUUUCAGCAGCAAAACGAGGACCCCCUGACUUCCUGGACCACCGUCACGUCCGACCCCGAACUCGUCCGACACCUCAUCGACAUGUACUUCUGCUGGCACUACAGCUUCUUCACUACCCUAUCUAAACACCUCUUCAUGGAAGAAUUCCGCCGCGGGCUUCCUCCGCCCGAUUCUCCUAGUAAACCAACAUACUGCACUCCUCUCCUUGUCAAUGCGAUGCUAGCGCUUGGAUGUCACUUCACGUCCUGGCCUGCAGCUCGCAGCGUGCGCAGUGAUAGCGCUACGGCCGGUGACCACUUCUUCAAAGAGGCUAAACGCUUGAUCUUGGAAGAUGAUCUUCAUGAAGUGCCGGCAUUGACCACUGUGCAAGCGCUGGCCUUGAUGAGUGUGAGGGAGGCAGGAUGUGGCAGAGAAGCAAAGGGUUGGGUGUAUAGCGGUAUGAGUUUCCGGAUGGCUUGCGAUUUGGGUCUCAAUCUGGGCAUGGGAAGAGGUGGAGGGAAGGGGAUGGGAGAGGUAGAAGAAGAUGCCAGGAGAGUGACUUUCUGGGGGUGUUUCCUUUUCGACAAAUGUUGGUCCAACUAUUUAGGACGACUGCCACAGCUACCCAGUUCGAUAGUCACUGUACCCAAAUACGAAGUCUUUCCUGUUGAAGACUCGGAGAUCUGGUCUGCGCACACAGAUUCCGGAAUCAGCCAGGCGCAUUCGCAGCCUUCUCGUACCCGAGCUGUUGCUCUUCAAAUAUCAAAACUCUGUGAGAUCUCGAGCGAUUUGAUGAACCACUUCUAUAAUCCCAUAGAUAUGGACAAGGCAAGAGGGAAGCAGACAGAAUUGAAGAAACUGAGUGAACUCCACCAACGGCUGGAAACGUGGCGGAGGGAGCUUCCCAAAGAACUUGAGCCCAAGGAAGGAGGUCUACCUGCCAUGCUCGUCAUGCACAUGUUCUUCCAACUCCUCUUCAUCCAUCUCUUCCGUCCUUUCUUGAAAUACAAUCCCGUCAAUUCCCCACUACCUGCCCACGUGUCACCGCGGAAGCUUUGCACACAGGCCGCGGCUAUGAUAUCGAAGCUCCUUCGUCUUUACAAACGCUCCCAUGGUCUGCGCCAGAUCUGCAACAUCGUCGUCUACAUUGCCCACUCGGCAUGCACCAUUCACCUUCUCAACUUGCCCGACAAAAGCGCAAAGCGGGAUAUAGUGCACGGAGUCAAGCAUCUAGAAGAAAUCGCAGAAGGCUGGCUUUGUGCCCGACGAACUCUCCACAUCCUCAGUACUUUGGUGAAAAGCUGGAAAGUCGAGCUCCCCGAGGAUGCACUUGUCGUGCUUGCCCGUACAGACGCCAAAUUCGGGCCCUGGGAAGGUGUCAGCACACCCAAGAUUAGAAAAAGGGAACCACGGCCCACGACGGUCGAAGGCACGCAACAUCAGCAGCAACAGCAACUCCUCCAAACCCAGCCACCUCUCCAGACAAGCCCGACUCUCCAGCCCUACAGCAUAAGUCUCGCCAACUCAGCGACACACUUCUUCAAUCGUGGCAUCAUACCCACAACCACAACAACAGCACGCAUACCCACUACUCUCACCGCAAACCCCGACUCAGAAGCCGCACACCGACUCUCCACAGCCGCCACAACGCCAACCGAUCUAGCCAGCUUAUCCCAAAUGCUCCAGCAACAGAGUAACAAUCAAUCUCAACAACCCCACAACCAUCUCCAACACCAACAGCCCACGACCCCAAACAACAAUACCACCGCAACCCUCCUCAAUAACCAACCCCGCCAAGCCAUAGACGCAUCCCUCCCGGAGCGCGACCAUAAUUCCCCUAGCCAAGUCUUCGGCGGCGUCGAACAGCUCAUGCGCGAAGGCCAAGACUGGUGGCUCCGUGAUCAGAACCAACUCGCCCUAGGCUUCGAUAACUGGAACUUCGCCGCCUCCACUGCUGCGACCACCGCUGCUGCUGCCGCUGUGGCUCCAGCCGUGUCAUCAGGACACCCGGCUGCCAGUGCUGCUAUUGGCGGUCUUGGGAAUGGAACAGAUGACUUGAACGCUGCUGCUGAGUGGUUUGCUGCGCAACAGUCGCGGCAAGGCGGCAGUGGUGGUGGAGGAAUCCUCGGCGCGAGUAGCCCUGGGUUCGAUGUUGAGGGUCUUAUGAGCGGCGUAGACGGUGGCGGUGGUGUGAAUGGAGUUAACGCCGCCAUGGGUGCGUAUUCUGUCGGUGAUGGCGGGUUGUAUGACGAGAGUGAGUGGUAUCAAUGA